UGCGGUAUUGUGACGGUUACUAGUCCUGCGUUGUUGUAUUACUGCUGUACUAUGGAAUUCCUAAUGGGCAUUACACGCAAUCGGGCAGUGUUGACAGUAUACAACGGGCGACAGAUUCCUCGACGCGAACUGUUUCGAACAAACAACCGUUUCAUGCAUUAUUUUAUGUAUUUAAAUUGAAUGAGCAUGCAAGAGCUUACUUCAGUUCUUUCCUAUAACACAGUAUGGCUGUCAUAGGCGUUUUCUUCGUGAAUAUCUUUCACGGUAGAUCGCCCAAUAGUUUUAAAUGACUCCACGUUCCAAUCACGAAACUUUAAGAAUUCCGGUAAAGAAAAGGAUUGUCCUGGACAACACAGGAUCAUCAGAGAGUUCUAGUGAACCAUUUGUGGAAUUGAGGUUAACAAUACUUUAGAAUCUGUAACCUUCCCUUAUGUUACCGACCUGUAAGCCUACCAUACGCGACUAUGUUUCCUCCCUAGAUAGUUUGGAAUAACGGCGAACGGAUCAAGACCCGUGCUUCCAAGUAAUCAAGAGCAAUGACUGGAUAACGAAAGAAUAAAUGGAAUCGCAUUCGCUUUGGUUGUCGUGUGAUUUAUUGUCCCCUCUCCUGACCAUCGACAAGGUAAACUUCCAUAGUAUUUUUUUUCCUUUUUUGUCACUACGAGAUUUCUUUAGAAAUAUCAGUACCGGGAUACAUAAGAGGGAGACACUGUUUAACGGCAGGCAUGGAGGGUACUGAAGAGGAAGCAAGAAGGACCGCUUCGGAGGGGAUCAAAAGGAAAUAACAGAACGGAGAAGGAGAUAAAAGUGCAACAAUACACAGCUGUACUGUGUAUUGUAAGAAGUUGGCAAUGAGUUGAUGUAAUGAGAGCGCAGACAUUUUCUUGACCCACCUGGGGCGUACCGCCCAUUUGAUUGGACUGAUUUGCAAUUCAAAAAAUUCGAAUGCAACCGGCAGAGUGUAUUGCAAGUGAACUUGCAUAAAGCAACGCGUAAGACAAUAUUACACAGUAAGACAAUUUAACAUAUACAUAUUAUUACAUACACGUAUUACAAAUACUCGUAGGUUGUUAAUUAGAGGCGUGCUGCGGUCGUUUCAAUAAUAAAUCUUGGUAAAAUCAUUAAUCAAUUAUUUGUAUAAUAAGUUCAUAAAUAAUACAGAAAUUAUUUUCUACCCAGGAUGACACGUGCGACACGCGCUUGUCCACUUGCGCUCAUGUGUGCGCAUCCAGGUAGCCGAUGACGACUUGGGUCAUCGGUUACAUACCGAGUUAGCAGACGUUCACGCGGCCCUCUCAUGCUUACGAAUGUUGUUGUUUUUCUGGCAUUAUUAAGAUUAUUUGCCAAAUGCUGCCGGACAUGGAUUAAUUACGUUCAAAGUUGAGAUACGCACGCGAAUCGUACUUGAGCAUAUAUUUGCCAGUAGGCAAUGCGUCUGUGUUAUAGGCUUUUAUUUCAUCGGUAAUUGAUAUUUCGAAAAUAAUUAUUUAUGAGAUUCCGAGGCUGAGCUCAAAGUCUCUUCUUUAUCGCAGAACAGGACGCAGCGUCGCGACGCAAACACCGUGAACAGAUCUCGCGUACCCAUUAAUCCUUGAAACGUCAACGAAGAUUCGAGCCUCCUACCUAACUUAAUUCUUCCUUAUUCUUAUAACAGCUUCUCUUUCUUAUUUUCUUUCACUCUUUCAACAUCUUCCUGCUAUACAUCUUCCUUGUUCUUGUACUCAUCAACCGAGGCGUCUUUUUAAAGCUGCGCUCUGCCUUACUAUUUUGUGCAGCCAAAAGCUUCAGUUAAAAGAAAUUUAAGUGUGGCUCUGUAGUAAUUGUUGUUCCCAGUGACGUUAAACAGUGACAUUUAAACCAGUACUAGGUGUGUUUAGUAUUGAAAAGUGAAUUAAAUUUUUUUUUAAAUUAAAAAAAUACAAUAAAUCUCUGUUCGGUUUAAAUUACGUAAUAUCGUCGUGAAUCCGAUGUCACUGCUGGUUGUUAUUCAUAGAAAGCAGCCAUGAAUAUUCGAUUCUUGAACGGAAGCAUGAAGAGGUUGACGACGCUGGGUGUGCAUUGCGAAGCGCGUAAAGUCGACGACACAUAGUGAAGUGCCUCCUCGAGUGCCUUUGAGUAUCCUUUAAGUGAUUACAAUACCGAGAAGUGCUUAUAAUUUCGUAUAAACUGUCACAAAGCUUGAGAUCGGAAAGAGAAACGCAGUCGAAGAAAUUUCGCAAGCACGAUGGCUCUGGUGAAUAAAACGUUUGAAGAAGUGAACGAAGACACCAGGGAUGAGUAUCUGGCACAGUGGGAAAUCACAACACUCUCAAGCAUCCUGGCGCUCACCCUCGUUGGCAAUAUUUUUGUUCUUUUUGCUCUUUACCUUCGAAGGUACUCAAUCAGUAAGAAAAAGCUCACCCGAAUGUAUUUCUUCAUAAUACAUUUAAGCAUAGCUGAUCUUCUCACUGGGUUGUUCAGCGUUUUGCCCCAGUUAGCUUGGGACAUCACCUUCAGAUUUCAAGGAGGAGCUUUGCUAUGCAAGCUGGUGAAAUAUGGCCAACCACUGGGUCCUUAUCUGAGCUCCUACGUCUUAACCGUGACUGCCCUGGACAGAUAUCACGCGAUCUGCUACCCACUUAGUUAUUGUGGAACGACCUCUAGGCAAUCACGAGUGAUGGUCUAUUGCGCAUGGGUCAUCGCACUUACAUUCUGCACGCCACAGCUCUUUGUCUUCUCGUAUCAGGAAGUGAUGCCAGGCGUUUUUGACUGUUGGGCCACGUUUGAACUAUCGUAUGGAGAACAAGCAUAUGUCACCUGGUACAGCUUUUCUGUCUUCCUGUUGCCUCUUUGCGUUCUUUUAUAUACGUACACUGGUAUAUGCAUGGGAAUCUGGAGAAACAGCAAUGUCGAUGGAUUGACAGAAAUUGGUGCCAAUGGCAGUCUCCUGGAAAAAAAUCAAAAUCAUUUUCGAAAUCGAACACUUUUGAUAUCGAGGGCAAGAAUUAAUACCUUGAAACAGACUAUAGCUGUCAUAAGUCUUUAUAUAAUAUGCAGCAGUCCGUUCAUUGGUUGUCAACUGUGGGCCAGUUGGGACCCACAAGCAUCGUCAUCGCCAUUCUACAGUGGAACGACCUUCACUAUCCUCGCACUUCUUAGCAGCUUGAAUAGUUGCGUUAACCCAUGGAUUUACUUGGCUUUUAAUAACGAGUUACGGCGAACAUUGAUCAGUCGCCUCCGGCAGCUUAUCAGACUCCGACUUCCUUUAAUGGGCCAUAGUUAUUCACCAAGCUUUAAUCGCUAUGGACGCAACAGCAGCAGUUCUAGCGGCUCAAACAGACCAACUUUGACAACGCCUGUUAGCCGUUACGACGGUAGUAUGAUGUUACGUAGCUCAUCUGUCAGAGAAAAUAAGAUUUAUCCACUGCCGCCAGUUGCUCCUUCUCUAUGCACAUGAGCCAGUGAGUGUGUGGUCGAUGAGAAAAAUUGGAGACAGUCUGAAAAAGAGAUAAGAAUUAAUGAGAAGAAGAAAAAGAAG